CAUUCGGGUCUGGAAAUUUGUACGGAAUCCACAAUAUCACUUUGAUUGUUUAACUCCAAAGUGACAUUUAGCUGUCAGCUACAGCUAAAUGUCAAUAGCUCCCGACAGCUUGUCGACGUGGUCGACAAUGCACUUGACCAUAGCAAACAUGUCCGAGUGAGCUUUCUUCGGAAAUACCGUGCGUGUGCCAUGGGCUGCCAACAACGCAUGCAUCGCGUGCUCGGCCGCGUACCAGUCCUUCAUCUCGUCGUCAAUGAACAUGCUCGCACCGGCAUAAUCAAAGUUGCGUCCACUCAUCACUGCAACGUGCAGGGUUUGCCACGUCUUGGCGAGUUCGGACUGCGGUUGGCGGGCAAGGAGACUCGCGACGGCUUGGGCCGUGACUGCUGGCUCGAUGGUGCCGUAAUUCGGGAUCAGCUGGUCCGUGACGUCACUGUCGUCGAUGGGGACCCACACGCCGUCGUCGCGUACGUCGCCCACGGCGGAGGGCUUGGUGUGGGCGAGGAUUUGGAGGUCGGCGGGCGCGAGCUCGAGGCAGCUCUGACGUCCCCAAGCCGCGUUCACCUUGUCUGCCAAGUCAAUCAUGGUGUUCAUUUCAAACGCCAAGUUGCGGAAGAAGUUUGUCUGGUUCGUUUCAGCGCACACGACGUCGAUGGAGAACGCGGCGCUCUCGAGGCGACUGCGCCACGCUUGGAUACCCAUGGAAAUGAACGGUCGCAUCACCCCCGUCCAGAUGAUCGACGCAUACGCCUUGUAGAUGUACCCUGCGAGGAUGAACUUUGUGCGACGACGACAGAAUGGAUAUGGAAAGCCGUCCAUGUUCAAAAAUGCCACGACACGGCUGGGAUAUGUGGCGGCAAAGUACUGGCCGACGAUGCUGCCCAUGGAAGGCCCGACGACGAGCCACUUUGUGGACUGCGGAAGCACAGCCGAAAGGAUGAAGUCCAUGUCUUUGACCACGUCGUCGGCGCUGGGCGGCACCCCCGUGAUGUUGCGGUCGCUCAGCCCAACGCCAAGGCGGUCGUACGACAAGACAGCGUAGCCACGCUUGGCCAGUUCUUCGUGCAAUGGACUGAUGGUUGUCAUGGACGCGCCGAGGCCGUUGGGGAUGCACACUGGCGGAAGGCUCGUGUUGGUGGAUGGAGUGAAGCGAACUGCGAGAUCGUACCCGGCACCGUGGUUGCCGUGGGGAAUGCGGAUGAAUUGCAAGUCGGGGACGUGUGCGCAGAGUCGCGAGCGGUCCAGGAGUUGGAGGUCACGUUUGUUGUAGCAGUAGUGGAUAAUCGGUCCAAUCAAAGUGAUCGUCAUGACGAACCAUACGCCAACAAAGAGUGCAAAGCCAGCAAUGGCAAAGGGCGCAAGGAUCAGCGCGAGGAGGCAUUUGCCGAUCGUUUUCAGGGCACCUGACAUGGUCAUGAGGUGGUUGUCGUGAAUUGCACUAUGAACUGUUGCCUCGGCGGCAACUUUGCGUGGAUUAAGUGUUGUGCUGGGUGGGGUACAUUUACCUCGUACUGUG